CUGUAAUGGCGGCCUGAGGUGACCCGCAGCCCAGCGGCGCUGCCGUGUGGUGCCGCAGCCCUGCAGCCUCUCACAGCCCCCCACAAAGUCCGUUUCUCUCAGCUGUAGAGGUACGGGUGUAAUGAGGGGGCUGAUCGAUGGUUGGACAGUCGCAUGCAGCUCAGUGUCUCGAUGCACACCAGUGACAAAUGGUGUCCCUCAGGGGUCUGUACUGGGACCAGUGCUGUUUAGUAUCUUCAUCAACAACAUAGUGGGAUCGAGCGCACUGUCACAAGCAUGCAGGUGACACACCCGAGAGUGAUGGCAGAGAGUUCUGAAUCUUCUUGCUCGCAAAGGUUGCUCUCAGACCUGGACACUUUAGAUGCUGAAAGGGAAAAGAUUUCAUCUUUGAAACGGUUUUUUCGAUUUACACUGAAAGGUCAAAAAUCAUCCCUUAAGUACGUGGUUCUUAAAAUAAGAAAGCAGAUAGAAUCCUUGCAUGGUCUCCUGAAGAAAAUAGGAUUUGGUUGUCAAGAAAAUAUUGAACAGGCAACAUCGCUAAAAGAGCUCCAGGACACUGUGGAGAUGGAACAGAAUGAAGCACAGCACUUACAGGAAGCAUUUCCUAAUGGUUUUAGUGCGCCGGGCGGCUGUGAGUCUGUGGAAUCCCAGAGAUGUGAUGUGAGGCAGCGAGUGAAUGAAGCAAAACGAAAAAAGGUAGCUGCAGUACCAGGAUUUCCUAGUGAUAUGCCUGCAACAAGCACAGAUGAUUCUCGAGAAAUUCCUGCUGAGUCUGUGGAAUCCCAGAGAUGUGAUGUGAGGCAGCGAGUGAAUGAAGCAAAACGAAAAAAGGUAGCUGCAGUACCAGGAUUUCCUAGUGAUAUGCCUGCAACAAGCACAGAUGAUUCUCGAGAAAUUCCUGCUGAGUCUGUGGAAUCCCAGAGAUGUGAUGUGAGGCAGCGAGUGAAUGAAACAAAACGAAAAAAGGCAGCAAAAUCACCUGUGAGCAUUCUGCCUGUGACCCCAGAAGAUCUUGGGGAAAUUCCUAUGUAUAUGAAAUGCCGCAUAACAUGUGAUCAGAUCAAUGCAGUUGUUGAAAACCUGAACAAAGCAAUUACGAGCAAAUACAGGAUCCGCAAUCAGGCUCCAAGUUCUAUGAGUGCAGCAGAUAGAAACACGUACUACAGAUACUUAAGAGAAGAAAGGAGUAACAAAGAAGGUUGUGUUUUUAUUGUGGAGGAGGAUAUCCAACUGUUCACCCCUAUGAAAACGGAUAAGCGCUUCCAUAAGAUCAUCGUCAUCCUGCGCCACUGCCGAAGGCUGAAAGAAAUUCAUGUCUCCGGAAUUACCCGCUAUGUCAUAUGCUAACAUGCUUCACGUACUCUGCUUCCCCCAGAUGUAGAUGGCAGCAGUGUUUUGAGACGCAGAGAGAGUUUUGUUUUAUGCAGAAAGUUUCCAUGUGUGGAUGUUACUUUUGAGAUUUAUUUUUUUCUGAAAGGCAGUGUUUUCCCUGCUGUGUUUUCAUACAGUCUGGGUCAGGACAUGGAAUCUCAAAUGUCCUCAAAGUACCUGGUUUUUGUUUUGAAAACUUGAGAGGGAGCUAAUGCCUUUUGAUAAAUUAUAUGUGCAAACCAAAGACGUGAUUGGCUCAUCUGUUGUCACAGGCAGUUCUAAUCACAUUUUCAGGUCAGCACUUGAAAGUUAAUAUCCUCUACAUGGUCAUGAUGGUCUGGUUUUUGUUGAUGAGUUAGAAACUGUGUCCCAAGCUCUGCAGCUACUCAAAGGGAAUUUCAUUACUUCAUGAAGACAAAAAAGACAGUUAGAUUUUUCCCUCAGAUUUACCCUUGGACCAAAAUUUUACAGAGCAGUGUCUGUUUUUCAGAAAAAAAGUUGACGUCCUCUGCAAGAAUGGUGCCCAAACUUGUCAGUUUGUGAUAUAGAAGGUUGUUUUGACAUACCUAGGAGUCCCAGAACAAACUUACUGCGAUAAGUGCUAAUUCUGCAAGUUGGUCAAAAAAGAGAAAUGUGUGGUCUGCAAGUCUGUGUCUGUUUUAAACCCAUGAUCUAAUCUAAAGUAUCUGCUCUUAUGGGCCCUGAAUAUGACAAUGUGUUUAAAAAAGAUUUUAAAUUUAUUAAUAAAGGUGUACCCCAAUCCAUGCAAUGCAA